AAUCAUCAUCUCCCCUCAUAUAUCCAAACCAAAAUUGAAAGAGAAUUUGUUGGUGAAAAGUGACAACAAAUGGCUUCUUCUUCUCAUUUCUUGCCCACCCCUAACCGAAUCAUAUCAUCAAAAAUCCAUCGAACCCCAAACACCGCCGCUUCUAAUCUAUCCACCAAUUUCAUCUCGUCGCCAUACAUCGGCACCGGUGUUUCCAGCCACUUUGCUGGUCUCAAGCUCCGACCCGCUUCCCUCAACCCUUCUCAUGGAAAACGCCUUGGUGUUACCAUGGUGAUUCCAUAUUCAAGGGGAAAUGCCUGGGAGCAACCACCUCCAGAUUUAGCAUCUUACCUGUACAAGAAUCGGAUUGUGUAUUUGGGUAUGUCUCUUGUCCCCUCUGUGACGGAACUAAUACUGGCAGAGUUUCUUUACCUACAGUACGAGGAUGAGACAAAGCCAAUAUACCUUUACAUCAACUCUACCGGAACCACCAAGGGUGGUGAAAAACUGGGCUAUGAAACAGAGGCUUUUGCAAUUUACGACGUUAUGAGAUAUGUGAAACCACCGAUUUUUACACUGUGUGUCGGCAACGCUUGGGGAGAAGCUGCCUUGCUUUUGGCUUCUGGGUCAAAGGGAAAUCGGUCUGCUCUGCCCUCCUCAACCAUAAUGAUGAAGCAGCCAAUUGCAAGAUUUCAAGGUCAAGCAACGGAUGUUGAAAUUAUGAGAAGAGAAAUAAGGAACGUCAAGACUGAAUUGGUGAAACUUUAUGCGAAAGAAAUAGGCAAAACUACAGAGCAGAUUGAAGAAGAUAUAAGGCGCCCAAAGUACUUUAGUCCUAGUGAGGCAGUGGAAUAUGGAAUUAUUGAUAAGGUUGUUUACACUGAGAAGGCAAGUGAAGAUAGAGGAGUCCUCUCUGACUUGAGGAGAGCACAACUACUCUGAUAGCGGACUAUUGGCAGUCAUGGGUAUUUUUCAUUUCAUGGUGGGUUUGCUGCAGUAGUUGUUGUAUUGGGCAUCACGAGACUGAUCUAACACAACAAAAAAUUGUAUGCUGCCCAUCUGGAUUGUUUUAAGCACAUCAUGUAGUAUUGUAAAAGGGAAAGCAAUUUAUAGUAUGUGUUAGUCCAAAAUAUUUUUGUUAGAUUCAAUUAUUUGUUUAUGAAUUGCCACUUGGGGUUAACCCAUUA